GACCUACCUGGGAUGAAAAGGGUAGUAUGAGGAAACGUACCGCAUGUUUUGUGUGCGCGUUGGCAGUUCGAGCAGGAUCUUCGGGCCUUUUUUCGGGGACGCGACUUUUCGAAUGCGUUGGAUGUGAUGGGCUUUGGAUCCUGUGUGCUCGAGGCUCUGAAAACCGAUUCGGCCAUUUUAAACAGUGCUUUUGCAAGGGAGGAUGAAGCGACGAUCUUUGCGAAGUGGUUAUAUGCCAAGUCUCCAGUCCCAGUCAGUAGAUGUCGUUCAAGCUUCCCACCGACCGAGAUUACCUCCAGCUACCCCGGGUCCGCAUGCCACUGGAUACACCACCACACACGACCAAGCUGCAUGAACGCAACCAAGUCCAAACCAGAUCGCCACCCCCGGAUCCCCGCAAGAAGCAGUGCGGGAGCCGGGUGCUCGCCCAGACCCAAACUUUGACCCCUAGACCGCAUACGCAGUCCAACCAGGAUCCAUGCGGCUCCGCAUACACCACUCGGACCCGCAUAGCAGGAGCCAACUCAACAACUCAGCGAGAAAAAAAGGCGGAACAAAAGGGAGACGAUCGUCAUGGCCGCAGGUCAUGUGCCUUGGUAUCUCACGCAAACGGACACCUACACCAUGCUACUGCGCUGAUCGGUUUCGGCUUGCUGGUUGCUGGGCUGCUGUCGAGCUUUCUCCGCAUUUCAGGCCCAGCCCUAACUUUGGCUGGCUGGCAUGCCCUUGCUCCUUUCGUUCCGCUCUUCCGUGCCAGUCGACUGGUUUUAUUGGCUAAUGAGUGCCCAGUGGACCACAAGUCUUGUAACUUGAGGAGUUGCCUGCGUAGUCACUAAAGUCCAGAGGUAGCUAGGGUUCCAGCUUCCAAGGGGUUCGUUACUUCACGAGAAUGACCGGGGGAGGAUCGUCUUCCUUUCUCCCGUGUCCAAUUCAAGGGCUAUGUUGUGAUUUGAGAGUGAUAUAAAAAGAUA